CGGCAUAGAAAAGGUGGAAGAGGACGGUGCGAGGAGCAGCAACUUUCUCUCGUUCUCAACAACUUUAUGAGGAAUUGUCGCCUGGGGUUUUGCAUGGCUGAAUGGACUUGACUUUAUUCCGCAGCACGCAGUUGGAUGUCGCCUAACCUUGGGCACUUUUAAACUCUUUUGGGGACCUUUUUGUCGCUUAUGGACUUAACGCGUUUUGAUUUAAUGACAGACUGAGAGGACAGACGUGGAAGUAAGGCACAAUAUAAUCUGUAUUGGUUUACGUUGUCGCCAUGUCCAUGCUUCCGACGUUUGGUUUUACGCAGGAACAAGUGGCGUGUGUCUGCGAAGUCCUCCAACAAGGGGGGAACAUCGAGCGACUGGGGCGCUUCCUCUGGUCCCUCCCGGCGUGCGAGCACCUUCACAAGAAUGAGAGCGUCCUCAAAGCGAAAGCCGUGGUCGCUUUCCACCGGGGGAACUUCCGAGAGCUCUACAAGAUCCUGGAGAGCCACCAGUUCUCGCCGCACAACCACCCGAAGCUGCAGCAGCUGUGGCUCAAAGCGCACUACAUCGAGGCGGAGAAGCUGAGAGGCCGCCCGCUCGGCGCCGUGGGGAAGUACCGCGUCCGGAGAAAGUUCCCCCUGCCCCGCUCCAUCUGGGACGGAGAGGAGACCAGCUACUGCUUCAAGGAGAAGAGCAGGAGCGUCCUGCGGGAGUGGUACACCCACAACCCUUAUCCAUCCCCACGGGAGAAAAGAGAGCUGGCCGAGGCCACGGGACUCACGACCACGCAGGUCAGCAACUGGUUCAAAAACCGACGGCAGCGAGACCGAGCAGCUGAGGCGAAGGAAAGAGAAAACAACGAGAACUCCAACAGCAAUAGUCACAACCCAUUGACUUCUUCCAUGAAUGGAAAUAAAACUCUAUUGGGGAGCUCGGACGACGAUAAAACCCCCUCGGGGACACCGGAUCACACGUCUCCGAGCCCGGCUCUGCUGCUCGGCUCGAACAGCGGUUUACCGUCCCUGCACGGCCUUGCGCCCCCGCCGGGACCCAGCGCAAUCCCGGUACCCAGCGGCGCAGACUCGGUGCACCAUCACCACUCAUUGCACCAUGACACCAUACUGAACCCUAUGUCUUCGAAUCUAGUGGACCUUGGCUCCUAAAAAAUGGCGCAGAAAAGGGGGACAGAGGGCAUCGUUUUUUGUUUUUUUGUUUAAAUUUUUUUUCUUUGUUUUUUUUUUUGGAGAAGUAAUUCACGAGGUGGGCAAAGCUUCAAGCACUUGCGGCAAAGGUGCAAAGCAGACAGACUGGAACGCUGCGAAAACAGCCACGUAACAAAUCAUUUAGUCUCAUAUUCAACCUUUGCAUUUUUUUUUUUCAACAAGUGGGCGCAAAAACUAUCAGUGAGCGCAAUUCCUCCUCUUAUCCGCAAAUUAAACUUCUCCUCGUUGGGGAGAUUUUCUAGAAAAGUGUCGAGAGCAGAGCACUUACUAAUAUUUUCACAUCUACCGGUUUAUUAUUGUUUCUCUUUUAUUGGCUUUGAGGGAAGUUUUUAAUCUUUUUUUUUUUUAUUGAAUAGGUUUGAGAUUCUAUGAUUUGUUCAGACGGAUAGUUUUUUGCAGUUGAGGCGCAGAUUUAAAGAAAGAAAGAAAGAAAAAGGGUGAGAAAAAAAAAGUAUUUUACCGGAAUGUAAUAACGUAACAUGUUAUAUUGUUGAAAACAAUAACAAUAAAGUGUCUUAAUUCUUGUUACUAUUACCGUUGUUAUUUUAGGGGUGUAGAUGUAUCAGCAGACUCUGUAGGCACGAAGUUAAAGGUACCCCAUGCCUUUUUGUUUACAUCGGGUUUUCCAAGAGAGCCAUAAGCAUUUAAUAUUUUUUUUGUUUGUGUUUUUGUUGUUGUUGUUGUUAUUUUUUUUAGGAGGGUGGGCUAAUGGGGUUGAUCUUUUUCAAGUGUCUUAUAAGAACCGUGAUGAGAUGACAAUAUCUUAAUCUCUUGAUACUAUUAUUAUUAUUAUUAUUUACAUUUUCAUUUGGAAAAGAGACUGCAUGUAAACUUAUUUGCGAUAAAUGAUGAAACAUAAAACGAUUCACCUAUAGUUUCAUAUACCCUUUACAAUAAAAAGAAAAAAGAAACACAUGGAUUUUUUAAAAA